AUGCAUAGAUCUAUUAAUAGUCCAAUGAUGAAGGACAAUGACGGAAGCGCCGACCCCAGCACCAGCACCAGCACCAGCACUCCCCGAGAACAUGUACAUGGAUACAAGAAGCUAGUUGACUACAGCUCACGACGUGCUGCAACAACCACUAGCGGUACGCAUGCUAGUACCUUUACCGGUAGUACCCGACCGUCACGACGAAGAGGUAGCAUGGGUACUAGUACUACAUGUACUGGAACUGGCACUGGUACUGGUACCUGUAUUAAUAGCAGCAUACCAGAACCGGUAGCUUCAGGUAAGCUUCAAGACAGCAUUUCCACCUUUGGCACUAUGCACACUGGUACGGGUACUACCGGUACUACCUGGACGUGGUCUAGAAGCACUAUUAAUAGAUCUACUCAGGCUGUCAAUUUCAACCAUGGCAGCGGACACAGCAGGAGCAAAGAAGGCGAACGACGUUCCAAGAUGAACUGGUUGGCAAACAAUACCCCCAAGAGAAGUCUGCACAACAGUUACUAUGCUGCUGCAUGCCCAAAACGUGCAUGUGCACCUCCCGUGGUUCUCAAGGUCAUCUUCCCCAAAGGAAAGGAACCUGUACAAGCACAAUGCCAUGCACUAAAUGGUAAUACCGACGACAACGACGACGACAACAACACUGCUGUCGAUGUCGAUAACGUUGACGUUGACAUUGACAUUUCAAUCAGUCUCCGCACUCUGACCGGACAGAAACCGAAACUUGCUGCUUGCACUAGGAGACGAUCCUCCACAUCAUUUGUAGCUGGAUCGCAAAUCAAAACCUACAGCCUAGUUUACUAA